AAGCGGGGUUUUCUUACCAAUCACAGGAUGUUAGAAAAACGACUCUUCCUAACUGUAUCCAAUCAAUGCAUUGAAUGCACAUUGAUGCUGGCAUGGAACCAAAUAGAUCUAAUAAAAAAACAGCAUGUGAAGACAUCGUUUAUUACUUCGCAGCAACAGCAAGUGUUUGUAAAAAAAAAAAAAAAACACAUUAUCGUUUUUAGAACAUGGAACAAAAUCUAUGGCCAAAAAGAUAGAGUUUAGAAAAGGGACACCCAGACCAUUGGCUGGCAUACCAGAGAAUAUCUAAUAAGGGACGGGCGUCAUCAACCAUGUCCUGGUAAAACUGCAGGGCAACCCAUCAUCAAUUUAUUUUACAACGUAAGACCUUAAAUAAACAGGUCACAUUGGCUCGGUCUUCCAAUCUAUAAAAUGUGUUUUAAAAAUCUUGACUAUUCCCAUCCGGCUCCUUUAACGAUGGGCGGUGCCUACAUAUUCUGUACAGUCGGGGGAAAGUAGCGCCAAAUUUCUAAUCUUCCUGUGUCUGUGUACAGUGUUGGUAGCACUGAGGGUUGCCUUUUGUGGUUCUUUACGUCAAAAACAAUUUACAACACAUUAAAAGGAUAAUUAUGUCGCGAACACCGAAAAGAACAUAUCCCAGCUCUGACGAUAAAGAAAAGAAAAGAAUUAAGCGGAUUUCCAUUGAGGGAAAUAUUGCUGCUGGCAAGUCUACCUUUGUGCGCCUUUUGGAUGACCGAAAUGGGGACUGGGAAGUCGUGCCAGAGCCCAUCGCAAGGUGGUGCAAUGUACAAACCAACCAAAACGAUUUUGAGGAGCUGACCACUUCUCAGAAGAGUGGAGGAAAUGUUCUCCAGAUGAUGUAUGAGAAGCCCAAACGCUGGGCCUACACCUUCCAGAGCUACGCUUGCAUGAGCCGGAUCCGGUCCCAGAUCAAGUCCAACAACGGGAAGCUGAAAGAGGCGGAGAACCCUGUGCAAUUCUUUGAGCGUUCUGUCUACAGUGACCGGUACAUUUUUGCUGCUAACCUGUAUGAAAGCGAGUGUGUCAAUGAGACUGAGUGGGCCAUAUACCAGGACUGGCAUGGCUGGCUGCACCGACAGUUUGGCAAACACAUUGAACUCGAUGGCAUCAUCUACCUGCGGGCCAAGCCUGAGAUGUGCAUGGAGCGGCUGCGCCUGAGGGGGCGAGAGGAGGAGCAGUGUAUUCCACUGGAGUACUUGGAGAAACUACACUUCAAACAUGAGAGCUGGCUCCAACAUCGGAACCUCAGCAUGGAGUUUGAGUAUCUGAGUGAAAUCCCUAUACUUACUCUGGAUGUGGAUGAAGAUUUUAAAGGAAACAAGGAAAAAUGCUCCAAUAUGAUUGAAAAGGUUGAAGAAUUCCUGAGCACUUUGUGAAGGAUUGUUCUGUAUCUGUUUGAUCAUGCCUGUUGAUGUGCAUGUAUGUAAAAAAUUGCCAGAGAUCCUCUUGUUUGAAGAUGCACCAUGACAGCUCCAGUUCGAAUGCACUUAAUAAUAUAUACAAUUAUUGACUUUAUGACAAACAUUUUUAAAAGGAAUUCCAUACUACAUGGGCAUUCAUCAUCCCAGCUUGUUUUCCAUUACACCUCAGUCUGUUACCUUUGUUUUCCCGUUUGUGUGUGCUUUUACCCUGGUAUUUAUGUUUAAUGCAUCCCUGGAUGUGGGUAAUGCUUGUACAUUUAGUAUGCAUUUUGUGUUGUAUCCUGUUUUUUUGUAAUGAACUAAUUAAAUAGAGGGAAAUCUAACAA